AUGCAGUCAUUUGAAGAUGUUGAGGUGGUUGACAAUGAUUCUGAAAUGGGUAGAAGUGACAUCCUGUUGUCACCACCUAUUAGUGAUGAUGAUUCUGGUGGGAUUUCAUCUAAUCUUGGUUCGGAGUUCCAUGCGAUGGACCUUGUCAAUCCAAGCCUAAAGCUGAAGAUGAAAUUUUCUAGUUUACAGCUGUUCAGAGAAGUUGUUAAGCAGUACAAUGCACAAAGGGGCAAAGACAUACAGUUUGUAAAAAAUGAAAGAGCCAGAUGUGUUGCAGUUUGUAGAGAUCCCUCUUGUGACUACAGAGUCUAUUGUAGACAGAUGAGUGAUGAGCAGUCUUUUGAAGUAAGGUCCUUAAGACCUAAACAGUAUUGUACUCGUGUAUACAAGAGCUCAAUUGUAAAUUCUAGGUGGAUAUCAGAUAAGUUGUUUGACAAGUUUAAGAUUCAACCAGACAUGCCACUUGAGGUGAUACAAGAUGAAGUGAAGAGAAAAUGGAACGUAGAAGUGACCAGGAGCCAAAUAUAUAGGGGUCGAAGAAGGGCAGGAAAGCAGAUUUUUGGUAAUCUGGGUGAACAGUACGACAGGUUGUGGGAUUACUGUGAAACGUUGAGGCAAACAAACAAGGGCAGCUGUGCUAUGAUGAAGGUUGAGAGACCUACCCCUGACUCAGAACCUAUGCUCCAAAGACUUUAUAUGUCCCUUCCAGCCAUGAAGCAAGGAUUCCUGGAGGGUUGUAGGCCUGUUAUCGGCCUGGAUGGGUGCUUUCUAAAAGGUCCCUACAAGGGAACACUACUAGCUGCAGUUGGCAGAAAUGCCAACAACAACAUGUACCCUAUUGCAAUUGCAGUUGUGGAAGCUGAGAUAAAAGAGAGCUGGACUUGGUUCAUGGAGUGCCUAGUUUCAGACCUUGGGUCCCAUGCGAGGCACGUUAGGCCUGCUUCCAUUUCUAAUCGGCAGAAGGGUCUUAUUCCAAGCUUUGAUGCUGUUAUACCUACGGCAGACCACCGGAUAUGUGUAAGGCAUUUAUAUGCCAAUUUUCGGGAUAAAGGGUUUAGGGGGGUGGCAUUGAAGGAAUUAUUGUGGGCUGCAGCAUCGUCUUACACUGAUAUUGAGUUCAGACAUCACAUGGAAGAGAUUAAGAAGUUGAAUCUUGCGGCCUUCGAGUAUCUAGACAAGAUUGACCCCAGUGGAUGGUCAAGAUCAUGGUUCAGUGACUAUCCAAAGUGCGACCUUCUUGUCAACAUGUCUGAGUGUUUCAACUCAUAUAUCCUCAAGGCUCGUGACAAGUUGAUUUUGACAAUGUUGGAGAUGAUUAGGAAGCAACUUCAAAGAAGGUAUCAAGUAAAAAGAGACGGCAUUAAAACUUUGAAGGGAAAGUUGUGCCCUAGAAUUGUUAACAAGCUUGAGGCAAUUGGGGAAGAGGCAACAAACUGUCUUUCCCAUUAUGCUGGUGAUGACCUCUUUGAAGUAGAGUAG